AUGUCAGCACCUGCGAACGGCACAAACCAGCAACUAUCCAAUCUCCCUCCCCUCCGCCGGCUCGUCACAGGCCACAACCCCUCCACCGCAAAGGCCGUCGUCCACUCUGCUACAGACUUCUCAUGGCAACCGUACGACGAUAACAAAAUGGCCUUCUCUGUCGUCUACACCACCUCCCAAUUCCCCGCAGAUCUGAACGGUGACGCCGACAUCGCCGCGCACGACAACCUCACGGCAUCCAACAAGCUCGGAUUGGUCAAUUCCAACGGCACAGUCAUCCGCUGCGUCGACUUUGCGCCGGGCUACCGCUGCGGCAUGCAUCGCACCCAGAGUUUGGAUUACGGUAUCGUGCUAGAAGGCGAGAUCGACAUGGUGCUCGACUCGGGGGAUGUGGAAAGCAUGAAGAGGGGUGAUGUCGCCGUGCAGAGAGCGACGAACCACCAGUGGGUCAACAGGAGCACAACGGAGUGGGCGAGGAUGAUGUUCGUGUUGCAGGAUUGUAAGCCGUUGCAGGUGAAUGGGGAGAGGUUGGGCGAGGAUCUCGGCGAGGAUCUAGCGUUCUUGCCGGAGAGUGGGAACUGA